AAAUGGAGAGGCAGAGGACUUCUUCUCUUUUCAUUUCCGGAUUUGUCUUAAUCACAGUUCUCUAUUUCAUCCCAAGUUGCCCUGCGGCAAGAUUAUUAUAUUCUCCUCCUCAAAACUCUCCUGUUGGUGAAGGUCCUGGACAUAACCAAAGUAAAAGUGGCGCAAAACCUAGUAUAUCGGAUCAUAGUGGUUCUGCCAAUGGUGAUGCUCCGCCUUCUGUGCCACCUCCCCCCUCAUUUGAAACAACUUAUGAGACGGUAAGAAAUGUGAGUCAAUCUCCACCGGUUACUGCUGUAGGUCAAAAUAAUGUGACUGAGCAACAAUACACCUCUCCUCCUCCUCCUGCUCCGAGUAGUUACAGUGGGACUUGUGCGUAUGAAAGAUAUGACUCUUAUGGUAAUAGACAUAUUAUUAUCACUCGUUGCAAUAUUAGUUACCAACCUCCGCCUCCGCCGGAGUAUGAAGGGAACGGUGAUUACCCGUAGUUCUGUUGUGAGCUCGUAGUCAAGGAUGCAUAGAAAAAUUAACAAACUGCGGCAGGUAGUACUGGGUUUUCGUAAUUAUGGUUAUUCAACUGUAGAUGUUUUGUGUUCGUGUUUGAUCGAUGAAAGCUAAUGGAAAGAACUUCGCCUCCGCGUAUGCUUUGAGUACUUCUCUAGGCAAACACAUUCUAUUCCUUCGUGUAUUUUAAAAUGAUUUAGUUAUUAUGUUUUAAUAUGAGAGCUUGUUCUUGCUGUUCUCAAGCAUGCUAAUACAAACUUUGUCAUAGUUCCAA